UCAGACGCUCACCACUACAAUGGCGGAACUCAAUGUGUUUGCGAACAAUCUUGAGAGAGAACUCACUUGUUCCAUAUGUGGAGAGAUCUUUACCAACCCGAAGACGUUGAAAUGUCUACACAGUUUCUGUCUGAAAUGCAUAUCUGACUGGAACGCGUCAUGCAGACGGGAAAGACGACCACUAACGUGUCCUUUAUGUAAGGCAAUAGAGGGACUCGAAGGCAAUGACGUGUCUAGUCUUCCUUCUKCGUUUCAUCUUCAACCUCAAUUGCAACUUCUUCGCGAUAUGAGAAUAAGUGCUGAAUCUCGAGAACAGCAAGAAYURCCAGACUGCUAUGUCAAAAACCGAAUGCAUUGCAAGAAAAGAUAUCACGACAACAAUAAGUUGGACUUUUACUGUACAACAUGCAAAGAAUGUAUUUGCCUGAAAUGUAACGCGACAGAACACAAACUACACCGCACAGUGACCGUCGAGGAAGCCGCAGAAGAAGUAAAAGUGUUGAUAAUGCGAGAUAUGGAUCGAGUGCUGAAAGUUAAAGAAAACUACGAAAAAGAACUUGACCAGUCUAAGCAGAAUAUGAAAAGAAUUGAACAAGAAACUAACGCAGCAAUAAAAGAAGUCAGCGAUGAAGUAGAGAAACACAUCAAAGUCUUGAAAGAACAUAAAACAGCUGUGAUUGAAACCCUGCAGACUAAACUUCAACAACAGAAAACACAGAAUGACGAAGAACAAAGAGAACUACGUGAUGGAAUCGAAAGACUUUCUGAAUUCAAACAUCGAGGUCAGACAUUGGUCGAUGAAAAUGUAGCACAUUUCAUUGUCAAAAGCCAGCAUGAUCUUUCUCAAAGAUGUCAAACAUUUCUUGAAAUACAAUCAAUAUUGAACAACAAAUCAAUUAAACGUAACGCAAGUGUACGGUACACACACAACCCUCAAGUCACGCAGGCUCUGCGGUAUAUUGGAAAGGUUGUAGAGAAGGUGACAGAUCCGUCAUGUUGUUCAAUUGAAAGUCUAAAUGACAUCAGGUGCGGAUUUGUCAAUCGUUUUGAGGUCGUGACUCGAAAUUCCCAGAAACAACCUUGCGUGACUUGUCAAGAACGCAUUGAUGUUCAAAUCCAAGAUGGCGAUGGCAUUAAUGUAGAGAAGGAAGUGAGUCAAAGUGAUACUGGGAAAUACACCGUGACGUACCGAGCAGAAAAACCAUGUGAUUACACAAUCCAUGUAAGAAUUGGUGGACAAAAGAUCAAGAACUCACCACAGACUGUGAAGACACGUGAUGUCAGAGACGAGUUUAAACCUGUCAAAACCUUUGGAGGGAAAGGAAGUGCAAGGGGACAGUUAUAUUUUCCCCAGUCACUAGCAGUAAGUGAUAGAGGAGAGGUAGCCAUUGCUGACUUUGUUAAUCAUCGUAUUGUAAUAUUCAGUGUUGAUGGUGAAUAUUUGCGACAUUUUGGCGACAAAGGAACAAGAGAAGGUCAACUUAUCUAUCCAUGUCGUGUGGUCUUUAAUAAAGACCGUUUGCUUGUUACAGAUAAUAACGAUGAUACCGGACGAUUACAGGAGUUUGACUUGAAUGGUACCUACUGCAGAACUAUUUACAAACAGCGAGGUGUUAGAUUAUCUGGAAUGUGUUCAGCACAUGAAAGCAUUGCAGUUUGUUAUAAAAUCCAAAACAGAUCUCAGUCAGGAAUAAAAGUAUUCAAUAAACAAUCUGGUGAAAUAAUGCAAGAAAUUCCUUCUGUUAACAAUAAUGAUGUACCUUUUUGUUACAUUACUUAUGGCAACGGUAAAUACUUUGUAUCAAAUACAAACGUACAGUCCAUCAGUGUUUAUGAUAAUAACGGUGGAUUUCUCUACACAUUUGGAGAUGGACAGUUCAACGAUCCACAUGGUCUUGCUGUCAUAAGUGAUGUAAUCCUUGUUUGUGAUGCUCGUAACCUCCGUGUUCAGAUGCUGAAUCAAAACGGUCAGUUCAUAAGAUCCUUUGGUGUCAGUGGUUCAGGUCUUGGUCAAAUGAAUUUCCCAGUAGAUAUCACUGUUGCACCAGAUGGUCGAGUUUUUGUACUUGAAUUUUCUAAUAGCCGUAUUCAUGUGUGGCGAUAGAAAUAUUGUAAAUAAUAUAUACUUUUCUACCGACUUAAGUUACUACACACAAUUUCAAAAUUCAAAAGCAGAUGAAGUUGUUGUUCAGAAAACAUUAUUUUAUCAGCUAGAACAGUUUAUCACUUUAAAUCAAUAUUUUCGUCUCCAUUUGACCUUUGUUCGCACAGUGCGUUUUUUAAUGUUUGUGUUCUUUGAACAAUAUUCUUGAAAAUUACACAGGCAGCCCAAACAGUAUACUUGCAAGCAGUAUCUCUCUAACAGUAUCUCGUUGAUUAAGUUAUGGUCCGAGUAAGAAGCAGGCAGGCAAACGGCAAUGGAAUGCAUGGAUGUGCUAAUUUUUAUAUUGUAUAAUCCAUCCAUCUCAUUGGUUAAAACAUUAAAAUUUGACAUAAUUUCAAAAGUAAGCGUAUUUUUUAAUAUUUUAUUUUAUAUCUGAUUCCGACUUCAUAAAAAAAAGCCUUCUUUAGCUUUAAUAUUGAUAGCAAAUCUAUGUUGGGAACACCAGCAAAUUAGAAUCAUUUUUUGGCUAUAGUUUUGAGUGCUUAUGAUUGGACAGGAAACUUUGUUUCAAAACAGAGUUUAUUCACAUUUUAUUUUAAAAAUGUGUUACACAUAUGGUGUGAAGAACAAGACAUUCGAAUGUGGGGAAGUUGCAAUUGCCGCAGAACAAUAGAAAGUUGCCUGCUUGUUGCGCGCAUUGUUACUUAAUUUGAAAGAAAGCAAAUCGGAGAAUAUCUACAGUGUACACAAUUGCUGUUGUCUUUCAAUACAAAGUUUUGUAACUAAAUUUUUAGUUAUGUCCUGAGUUACAGGAGUAGUUCGUCAAAAUCAGAAUGUGAAAACAACAAAAAAACAGUCUAUGAAUAAUGCAUCAUUUAAACACCAAAUUCUUCACUCUCAACAGCACCCUAUCGUAACUCUAAACUUAGAGAUAAAGAAAUGACUAGAACAUUAUUGCCUUUAGAUAUAUUCUUGUUAUUAUUCGGAAUGUUGCUUUGAUUACCAAUAAUAACAUUUUAUCUGUAAUUUUAAUUAUAUCAUGUUUAAAAAAGUAAAAAAUAAAGGACGUUUCAGUGUA